ACUUUAUUUCCAUCGUCAUUCCAUCGGUUGGCAUGGAGUUGGUUCCAUUUGUGAACCUAUACAGCCCAACGAUUCUUGGAAACUAGGAUUAUAGCGGUGUCUUCGUCAAGAACUCAACGCUUCUAUAAAUCAAAUUAUUGAAAAUACUAAUAUAAAGUUGACCCAAAGGUUACUGCCUAAGAUGGGAGCGGCAACCCAGAUUCCGCCGUCACUGGUAGUCUUAUUACCCUGUCCAAAACCAUUUUAGAAGACUUCACACUCCCAAAUGUCAACACUCUGGAAUCCCUGAACGCACCUAUCCUACGUAACCUUCACUGACCUCGCUCCUGAGUACUUCCGGUUUCAAAACCCAGGUGAUUUCGGGAACAAAAUUAGAGACAUCUGGAGUUUGGGGUUACAUCGAUCUGCAAUCUUCGGAGGGCAGACAUCGAUUAUUGCUGGCAAGAUGAGGACCCUUAUUACAGUGCUUGCUGUCUGUCUUCUGACGGGGGAGUCCCUGGCUGUAACAUGCCCUGCAGGAUGGGCCACCUUCGGCUACUCGUGUUACAAGUAUGUAGCAGAGAGAAUGUCAUGGAUUGAUGCACAUCGCAGGUGUAACCAGGUCCGGGAAAACGGCCCAGAUGGGCGGAUGUAUAUGGCGGACCUGGUCUCAAUUGAGAAUCCAAUGGAAGAUAAGUUCGUUUAUAACUGGCUAUACAAGACAGGAGGAUCGCUAAACAAAGUCUGGACAGGACUUGUAGAGAGAUACCAAAAUCAGUAUGUAUGGAUAGACCGUACACCUGUGAGGUACACAAACUGGAAACAAGAUCAACCACAACUAAACUGGCACCGACAAGCCGCUCACAUCUUUAACGGUCGUGAACUUCAAACCUGGGUCACAUCCAACUGGAAAACACCAAUGUCCUUUGUCUGCAAACUUCGAUUCGGACCACCUUACGGAGGACCCGGAAUGGGGAAUCCAUCCGGCAACCCGAACCAACCGAGUGGUCCAAAUCGUCCCACCAGGCCUUUGUAUCCGAAUCGGCCAAAUACGCCUAUCGUUCCAAAUGGAGCGAAUCCGCCUAUGAGACCUAACCGUCCCGUGAAUCCGAAUCAACCCAAUAGACCGAUGAAUCCGAACCAGCCGAACCGACCCGUGAAUCCAAACCAACCAAACUGGCCUGUAAAUCCAAACCGACCUGUGAAUCCGAAUCAACCAAACCGACCAAUGUAUCCAAACCAACCUGUGAACCCGAACCAGCCAAACCGACCGUUCAACCCGAAUCAGCCAAACCAACCAGUGAAUCCAAAUCAACCAAACCGUCCGUUCAACCCGAUGAAUCCGAAUCAACCAAACCGACCCGUGAAUCCAAACCAACCUGUAAACCCGAACCAGCCAAACCGACCUUUCAACCCAAAUCAGCCAAACCAACCAGUGAAUCCAAAUCAACCAAACCGUCCGUUCAACCCGAUGAAUCCGAAUCAACCAAACCGACCAGUCAAUCCAAACCAACCAGUGAAUCCGAAUCAACCAAACCAACCGUUCAACCCGAAUCAGCCAAACCGACCAGUCAAUCCAAACCAACCAGUGAAUCCAAAUCAACCAAACCGACCGGUUAACCCGAAUCAGCCAAACCGACCUGUGAAUCCUAAUCAACCAAACCGACCGGUUAACCCGAAUCAGCCAAACCAACCUGUGAAUCCGAACCAACCAAACCGACCGGUUAACCCGAAUCAGCCAAACCAACCUGUGAAUCCGAACCAACCAAACCGACCGGUUAACCCGAAUCAGCCAAACCAACCUGUGAAUCCGAACCAACCAAACCGACCCGUGAAUCCAAACCAACCAGUGAAUCCGAACCAGCCAAACCGACCUGUCAACCCUAAUCAGCCAAAUCGACCAGUGAAUCCAAACCAACCAAACCGACCGAUGAAUCCGAAUCAGCCAAACCAACCUGUGAAUCCAAACCAACCAAACCAACCUGGGAAUCCAAACUGGCCGAACCAACCACAGAAUCCGAAUUGGCCAAACCGACCAAAUCAACCACAGAAUCCAAAUUGGCCAAACCGACCAAAUCAACCACAGAACCCAAAUUGGCCUAACCAGCCGAACCAACCACAGAACCCAAAUUGGCCUAACCAGCCGAACCAACCACAGAACCCAAAUUGGCCUAAUCGACCAAACCAACCACAAAAUCCGAAUUGGCCGAACCAACCAAAUCAACCACAGAACCCGAAUUGGCCCAAUCAACCGAACCAACCACAGAACCCAAAUUGGCAGAAUCCCAAUCAACCUCCUUUCCGCGGUUAAAAAGGUCGAAUCUUAUGUAGGCCUUCUCUAUUAUGUUGGGCAUUCAUCAAGGGAGAAGAUAGUUGUUUUCAUUCCUAACACUUGACUUGAAUAAAUCUCUUAAAUAAGAACGGAACCACAACAGGCAAUAAAACUGAAAUUUUAUAAUUCAAUGGAAGAUAAAAGCAAGGUAGCGAUAACUUUAUAAUGCCAAGCAGGACCCGCUGGAGAAACAGUGAGCUUUCGGACUUAAAGUGGCUGCCCUCGGUCCUGGAUUCAUUUCUACGUAUAGAAAUGAGGCUUAUAUUUUCGAAGGGUUUUUUCCCCCCGAAAACGAAAUAAGGCUGAUAGUUUCGAAGAUUUGUUGAUCCGAAAAAUCAAGGUUCUUUAUUCCGAAUAGUCGACGGUGAGAUAAUUAGCACUGCCUAACCUUUGAAAUAAUCUGAUUGUCGAAUAAACAAACCUUCGGAAUGAUAGCAAUCCAUAAAUCAUAUUCGGAAAGCACAUUCGGAAUAAUGAACAGUGUCACUUUGAGUUUUUGAAUGUGUGUGCUUGAAGACAUUCCAAUCCUAAAGUAAACCUGAUUUUGGAUGAUUUGUUUAAAACAUUAAUCAAAACGGAAAUACAAAUAUUGCAUCUUCCGCUUUUCAGAAAAUAUUUGGUAUACUAGGUGAUUAUUUUUUAACUUACAUUCUCCUGUUAAAACUUUCCGAUAAUAUUGGAACCCUUAUAGUGUUGAUGGUUACAAGGUCAUUUUGAAAUGUGACAAUGACUAUAGAGUAUCAUCUUGCAAAAUAAAAAAAGUGGAGAUUUCAUGUGAGUACCUAAUUCGUCUUAUUCCCUUCCCAUUACUUUGUUAAUAUGUUCUUUUUUGUGUCAUGAUUUGUAUCUGUGAUAAUUUACUGUUGACGUUGUUUUAUAUUCAACUACAGAAAGCUAAAAAAAGUCAUAAACGGGAAUAGAGAAACUGAGUAAGCCUCGAGGUAUUAAAUGUACCGCAUACUCAAGUGUACGACGCAGAUUGUUUUCUCGUCAGGAUGUUCCCUUUAUCCAUUGACCAUUUUGAAAUAUUGAAUCAUUAGCCCCAACUUUGUAUAUUAUGUAAAAUUCAGUGUAGUGAAUGAGCUAUGUACUCGAAUAUAUACACGUUAUAUUAAUUAUUUUUAUUGAGAAUCUGAUGUGAUGACAUAAAUCGACAGCUCAGUUUUCUGUCAAACAUUUUCACAACUGAAAUAAAACACUUUUGUAUUUCUUA